AUCAUUCUUACAAUUGCAUAUUCGGUUCUCUCUCAAUCAUCUCACUCUCUAUUGAAUUCUCACUUCCGGAUGGGUGCUACCGGGAACCAUCUCUGCUUCGAUCUGGUUGAAGAAUCGCAGAAGAGAAACCCUGGUGCCUCCAUUUGCGCCCCCGAAGGUGUUGGUGGGUUCAAAGACGCAGCCAUCUUGCAGGACUACCAUGUAUUGCCGCAGUUCCGAAAUGCGAUGGCGAAGUUUAUGGGGAAAGUGAGAGGGGACAGAGUGAGGUUCGACCCAGACAGGAUUGUUAUGGUCGGGGGAGCCGCUGGAGCUCACGAGAUCAUCGGUUUCUGCUUGGUGGAUCCCGACGAGGCUCUGUUAGUGCCCACCUCGUAUUACCCAGGAUACUAUCACUAUUUGAGCCGGAGGGUAGGAGUCAAGCUGGUGCCGAUCGAAUGCGACAGUGCCAACAACUUCAAGUUGAGGAUGGAGGACUUGGAAGCUGCCUACGAAAUGGCGAAGCAGAACAACAUUCAGGUCAAAGGGUUGUUGUUGACCAACCCGUCCAACCCAUCGGGAACGAUUCUCGACGGAGACACCUUGAGGAGCAUCGCCGCCUUCACCAACGAGAACAACAUUCACCUUAUCUGCGACGACGUCUACUCCGCCGGCAAGCCGGACUACGUCAGCAUCGCCGAGAUCGUCGACGAGGACCGGAAGAGCGGCGGCAGCAACAGUCUGAACUUGGACCUGAUCCACAUAGUGCAUAGCCUUUCCAAGGACAUGGGCUUCACGGGCCUGCAGGCCGGGAUAAUAUACUCGUACAGCGACGUUGUCGUGAACUGCGUGCGGAAGAUGUCGAGUUUUGGGCUGUUCCCGGCCCAGGCCCAGAACGUGAUCGGGUCUGUACUGUCGGACGAGGAGUUCAUGGUGGAGUUGUUCCUCGGGGCGAAGACCGGAAUUCCAGCAGAGAAGAGAAGAAGUGGAGGGAGAAACGUGAAACGUUUCUUUAGCUUGCUUGUUAGUGAUAAGAACGACGGCACUGUUCUGUUUAAGUCGUGUUUAGUUAGCCGUUAUUAAACAGUUGAUUAGUUUUGUAAUGACCACUGCCAUACUGCCACGUGGAUGCUCAUUGCUCAGUAGGCUGUUCUUGCUAAAGCAGCUAUAUAACAAGAAGAAAAAGUUAACGUAAUGGUUGGCAAUGAAAAACAGAAAAACCCAGAUCUAAAUUCGCUUCAGCCUAGAACCGACAUUCACCCAAAACUAUGAAUU